GUCCCGCCCCGUCCGCCCGGACUUUUGCUCCCGGUCGGGCCCGCGUUGUUCCGGGCCAUGUGAACCAUAGGAUCGGUCCGUUGGGCCGUUACCGAACCGGUGCCGGUAUGGAACGCAGGAAGGUCUUCGUGGUGCUCGACGUGCUCUGCGUGGUGGUCGCAUCUCUGCCCUUUGUCAUCCUGACGCUGGUGAACUCCCCGUAUAAACGAGGCUUCUACUGCAACGAUGACUCCAUCCGCUACCCCUACAAGGCAGACACCAUCACCCAUGGCCUCAUGGCUGGGGUCACCAUCACCUGCACCGUUCUCAUUAUCUCUUCAGGGGAGGCAUACCUGGUCUACACAGAACGCCUCUACUCCAAGUCGGAGUACAACAACUACCUGGCUGCCCUCUACAAGGUGGUGGGGACCUUUCUUUUCGGGGGGGCCAUCAGCCAGUCCCUGACCGACCUGGCCAAAUACAUGAUCGGCCGCCUCCGGCCCAACUUCUUGGCGGUCUGCAACCCCGACUGGUCCAAGGUGAACUGCUCCAUCUAUGUGCAGCUGGAAAAUGUCUGCCGAGGGGAGAGCAGGAACGUCACCGAAUCCAGGCUGUCCUUCUACUCCGGGCACUCCUCCUUUGGGAUGUACUGCAUGAUGUUCCUGGCGCUCUAUGUGCAAGCCCGGCUGGUGGGGAAGUGGGCCCGGCUGCUGCGUCCCACCAUCCAGUUCUUCCUCCUUGCCUUCGCCAUCUACGUGGGCUACACGCGGGUCUCUGACUACAAGCACCACUGGAGCGAUGUGCUGGCCGGGCUGCUCCAGGGCGCGCUCAUCGCCAUCCUCAUCGUCCGCUACGUGUCUGACUUCUUCAAGCACCGUCCGCCCCGGCAGUGCGAUGAGAAGGACCCGGAGCGCAAACCCAGCCUGCCGCUAACCCUGAGCGACACCGACCGCAAUCACUACAGCUACGCGGGCGCCCCGUGAGCCGCACACGGGGCCUGGACUGUGGGAGUGGAGGGGUGGGGAGGGAAAACAUGGAGCCCGGUGCCCACCAAUGGCUUCAUUGCACUGCGCCGCAGCCCUGCCCUUCCCCGAUCCCGGCGGCGCCACGGCUUUGAGAUCUGUGGGGUAGGGAGAGGCCUUGGGCCUGGGCUGGGGUCAGCGGAGUCUGGGAGCAGGGCAGGUGGAGGCCUUGGGCCUACGUCAGCACUGUGAGGCCUACCCUGAAGCCUGUCCCUGCACCUUACGGCCUAUCCCUGCACCCUGAGGCCUAUCCCUGCACUCCCAGGCCUAUCCUGAGGCCUAUCCCAAGGCCUGUCCUGAGGCCUAUCCGUGCACCCUGAGGCCUAGCCUGAGGCCUAUCCCAAGGCCUACCCUGCCCUCCGAGGCCUAUCCCUACACUCCAAGGUCUAUCCCUGCACUCCCGGGCCUAUCCUGAGGCCCAUCCCUGUGCUCCAUGCCUUAUCAAACACUACCGCCUUAGGAGCACGACCCCUCACAGCACAACACGAGAGCAGCCUGCUGGGCGAGCACUGCUUUGAGUUUUUUUGGAAAGGAUUGAAGCAGCCCAGAGCUCGGCCGUGUUCCCUGAUGAACUUUAACAGCCGUUUGGUGCAGCUCCGGGCUGCUCCAACCCUUUGGCCGCUGUGGCUUCGGUGUGUCCUCUAUGGGGCGGUUGGGGCAGGGAGAAAUCUUCUGUGGUAAAGGGGUGGGGGGUGGGGAAUGGGACGUGGAGCUGCGCAUGGGGCUCUUAUCACUGGGGGAAGGUGGGAAAUGGGCCGCAUCCGUCCUGGCUCUGAGCUGCAGCCGCCUCUGGCACGGGCGAGCUGCGGGCCCGGAGAGAAGCGACAUGCGUUUGCAUGAUGAUGUGUUUUUGUAAAAAUGUGUUUUUUAAAUUAGAUCAUCGAGAAAGAA